AUGUCCGGAUGCAGGUAUGGCACGAAGUACGGCAUGGUUGGAAGAAAUGGUGUAGGCAAGAGUACGCUGCUGCGGGCCAUCGCGUGUCGCUUCAUAGAAAUUCCGUCCUUCUUCCACGUUGUCCACGUAGAGCAGGAGUGCAGUGGGGAUGAUAGGACAGCACUGCAAACUGUGCUGGAAGCAGAUCAAGAACGCGAGUGGUUGUUGAAGAUGGAAAACCUGCUAGUCAACGACGAGAUUGAAGAGGAGCAGGCAGGAAUUUCGCUGAAUGAUGUGUAUGAACGGUUGGAAGAGCUUGAUAGUGAUGCAGCCGAGAGCAAUGCAGCCACGAUCUUAUCUGGUCUGGGAUUCGAUAAGGAGAUGAUGACUAGGCCAACCAAGGAAUUUAGCGGAGGAUGGAGGAUGAGAAUCUCGUUGGGACAAGCUCUUUUUGUUCGUCCUGACCUCCUCCUCCUCGAUGAGCCAACAAAUCACCUCGACGUCUUUGCAUGCACUUGGCUGGAGCAAUUCCUCGUGCAGUGGGAUAAGACGGUUGUGAUCGUUUCACAUGACCGCGGAUUUCUCAAUCGAGUCACUACCAACACAAUUUUCCUCCACAGGAAGCGCUUAUGGUAUUACGGAGGAUCAUACGAUACUUUCUUGAAGGUCCGAGCAGAAAGACGAGCUCAUUCCGAGUCCAUCGCACGACGAACGGCCGACUUGAAGAACUUCAUCGCAAGAUUCGGACACGGUCACAAGAAGAUGGCGAGACAGGCGCAGAGCAGGAUGAAGCUGCUCGAGAGGAUCCAGGGGGAGAACGUGGAGCUUGAUUACGACGACCCUUACCUCCGUUUGGAAUUUCCCGCAGCUCAGACUUUGCCGCCACCAUGCAUCUCAGUUAUGAACGUGAGCUUCGGCUACGAAGAGGGCAAGCUGCUCUAUGAGAACCUAAACUUUGGAAUCGACUGUGACUCGCGAGUCGCCAUUGUUGGACCCAACGGAGCUGGCAAGAGUACGAUGUUGAAGCUGCUGGAGGCGGAGGUCAUCCCGGUCACAGGAGGCAUCAGCAGACACCCGAAGCUGAGGAUCGCCAAGUUCACUCAGCACCAUCUUGAGAUGUUCGACAUGGAGAACGAUGCUGUCGCCCACAUGAGAAACUUGCAGCCGGACAGUGUGGAGGAGGCGAGGAAAUACCUCGGAAGGUUCGGACUGAGCGGUGACCUCGCUACACGACCAAUCAAGACCCUCAGUGGAGGGCAAAAGUCUCGCCUGGCGUUCGCUGAAUUAGCUUGGAGACAACCACACAUCCUCCUCCUCGACGAGCCGACGAACCAUCUUGACAUCGAAACCAUCGAAGCCCUGGCCAUGGCUGUCAACAAGUUCGAAGGAGGCGUCGUGCUGGUGAGUCAUGACGAGCGCCUGAUUCAGCUGGUGGCGGACGAGCUGUGGCACGUGGAGAGGCGAGAGGAGAGGCUGAAGGGGGAGCAGGGAGACAAGCCGGGCAGCGUCACGAUCUUCGAGGGAAGCUUCGAAGAGUACCGCGACAUGCUGCAGGAGCGCUUCCAGUCGCAGAACCUUCUCCACGUCUCCAUGGCAAGGAAGUUGUAA